UAUAAUGCAAAUGUCAGUUAAUUCAGUGCCUGCCAGUCUAUAUCUCAAUCAUCUGGACGAAGUGGCAUUUAUUCACCUUGCUUGAUAGAAACGCGGACAAAUGAAACACCGAUGUGUUUUAACUUCAAAUAUUUUAAUAAUUUCGCGCAUUGUAUGUUAGCAUUGUUUGAUAAGAAAACAGCCUGCUAAUGUCGCGGCCUCGCUGCUGAACGUUAUUUCAACAAUUAACUAGAGGACCUUAAGAGUGACAGGUGUAAACACGUUUUAUUUUCACGCCGAAUUUUGGGUUCAGCGAGGUUUAGACGAAAAGCCAUAGUCACCCUAGCAACAAUGUAAUGGGAACAAGCUGAAGUGACAUUUUACGGACGACCAGUCAGGGACGAUAAAGUAAUCAGAGUAAGAAAGACACAAGAAUCAAGAUGACCACUUUGCACGUCCCGCAGAUCUCCAUUUCUCCCGUGGACUCGGAUAUUCACAGCUUAGACGAUCUGUUCCGUAAAAGCAGACGUUUACAGAAGGUUUUGAGUGACACAGAGCAACAGCUUAUCCGUGGCAUCAUUGACGCCAGACGAGAUGCUGCCAUUUCACGCGCCGAGCUCGAGCGUGAAAAGAUGAUGUUAAGUUCUGAAGUACAAGAAAAAGAUUCCCGAAUGGAACAACUUCAAGAUGAACUUAACGAGAAAAUACAGCUACGUGCCGAGAUGGCCGGCCGGACCGAAAAACUGUUGGAUAUUAAAGAAAAGCAGCGAAAACGGGACGUGACUAAAUUAGAAAAAACAAUUAAAGAGCUACAUCAAGACAUUUACGAAAAAGCCCAAACAAUUGAUCAACGAGAAAAAGAAUUAGUCGAUUUCAAGGAACAAAUACGAGGGCUUUUAGAAGAAAAUGAUAAGCUUAGAGAAUCAGUAGCAAUCCACGAACGCGUUUUUGUUGAGAAAAACGAACUCCAAGAAGAAAUCAUUCGAGUAAAACGCGACCUAGAAGAAAAGGACAAUCUUUUAAAUAAGUUUGUUUAUCCUGUGCAGGAAAACCAAUCUGACAGUAAAGAAUCGAACCUCCUAAAGCGUGUGUUAACCCCCAGACCAAAACAGCUGGAAAUGGAAGUAAACCAACUGAAAAUAAGACUUGCACAAAAAGAGAGGGAACUAGAUGAUAUGGCAGACGACUUACAACAGAGAGAGGUCGAAAUGGAGAGACUGCAAGAACUAAACAAAAACCUCGAAGAAAAUGUCAAAGCAAUGAAUGCGAAAUACGAAGCGAAAGCCGUGGAGUUGGCGCAACUGAAUGAAAGGCAAAGCAAAAGAAUGAAUAAAUUAAAUGGAGAAGUGAAAGAACUGAUGAUAGAAGCCAGCAAAAAUGGUGUGUCGGAAUCUCAGCGCGAGAUUAAAGCUCUAGAAUGCAGCGUUUUACUCUUAUCAAACCAAUACAAUAACUUACAACAUGAGCUUCAAAGAAUUUCUAGAAAAAUAAGGGAAAUCAGUGACCAGGAUGUUGAAUUAUCAAGCGUUCCGGUGGCAAAACGCUUUUCCGUUUUGAUCAACAGUCUUAAAGAGGAGAACAUUAAAGAGAAAGACAAGCUUCAGAAUACAGCAUCAGUAUUAAACGGGGAUUUAAAAGGAUGCAGUGCGAAGCUACAACUUGUCAAGUGGAAAUUGGAAGCUAAGAUGCGCGGACUCCCUGAUAUUGAAGAGCAAAAAUUCCCGCGCAGCAUACUCAAAUAUACGCCGUCUACGCCCCAGAAAAACUACACGGGGAGCGGGGUAAGCCCACAACCCAGUAAAGACAAGACGGAGGCUUCUUCGUCUACGCCAUCAACUAAACCUACAUCAGCAGAUUCUAGGAAGCAAGUUCGCCUUCAUUGUCCGCCACUGGAUCAGAACGGUUCUCCCGCAAAGAAAGAAAUCGACUAUGCGAGGAGCUCAUUCAAAUUAGAGUCGCACUCAGCAAAGGGACACUCAAGAAUGCAGCGAACACCCCACUGCCCAGCACAGGUCAGCCACGGGGCCAAACACAGUGUGACAGGGCUGAAGUUAUUUAAUCUACCGCCAGCUAAAUCGACCCCAGAAGACCGUGAAGACAGCGGACACCUAACACGGCGUGCAAAGUGCGACUCUGGGAGAUCAUCCACAAACCUCCGCACCAUGCCAAGCCGUUACCACAUGUCCAGGUGAUCAAUACAAUGACGUCACAAAAUCACGUCGGGUCACAUCCAAGCAU